CUGCAUGACAUCAGCAAUAACAAUAAUAACAAAAAGGCUGGUUUUUCGUUGUCAAUGACAGUCUGCACCUUUCUAGUUCUUCGAUACUUCAGGGGAGGAGAUUGCAUGACAUAACCAGCUCAACAGUUGGAAGAAAGGACGCACGUCACUUAUAAGUCUUACGCUUUUAGACCCGACUGUCUGCCUCACCAAGUCAAUCAAGACUUACUGUACAAAGCAAAAAGGCAGUCGCUAGAAACUCAGUUCUAAGUCAAUCCUCCCGAAGCCAAGAGCCGAACAGGACCUUUAUCGACGAGGGAGCAGCAGCAGCAGCAGCAGCAGCAUCACAAGGACGAUGAAGUCCCUUCCAUGGAUCGUCAAGCUGAGUUAUGGCGUCGGCCACGUGUUCAACGACCUCUGCGCCUCCAUGUGGUUCUCUUAUCUCCUCAUCUUCUAUGAGAAGGUCCUUCUGUUCGACCCCAUGAUGGCAGGUCUGGUGCUCCUUGUCGGUCAAGUAGCAGACGGCCUGAGUACCCCUUUUGUGGGGAUAUUUUCCGACAAAGAAAACAGAAUCCCUGUGUGCGCCAGAUACGGUCGCCGGAAAGUCUGGCACUUGGCUGGUACCAUUCUGGUUGCCGUGAGUUUCCCAUUCAUCUUCAACUCCUGCUUGGGAUGCAAAGGCACGAACCAAUGGACCCAAUUUGCAUAUUACGUGUUCUUCGUGUGCGUCUUCCAGUUCGGGUGGGCGUGCGUCCAGAUCUCUCAUCUGGCCCUCAUACCUGAACUCACGACGAAGAAACACCAGAGGACUGAGCUGAAUUCCAUUAGGUACGCCUUUACUGUGCUGUCGAACCUGAGUGUCUUCGCAGUGACCUUCCUUGUGCUGAAAACGGGUUCAGACAGCAACAGCGAAGACCCAAAUCAGAGGGUUAUUAGGCACGCCAACUGCACCGCACGGGGCGACGGAGCUGAACUAGUCGCUGUUGAACCCGUCGAGAAACCCUGUUACUUGGAUACUAUUGGGCCCGAAGAUGUGGGGAAGUUUCAUAAUGUGGCUCUGAUCUGCAUGGCGGUCGGUCUCAUCUUCUCAACGAUCUUCCAUUUCGGAGUGAGGGAACAAUCCUUCUCCAGGGUCCAGAUCCAAAUGGACGAGAGGGGAAGGCAGAGGAAGGGAGGAAGGGACAUGAACGAAGAAGGGCUCCAGUCCAACGGGGAAAAAGAAACAGGAGAAAAUGGAGAAGAAGAAGAAGAGAGAACCGACGAUGCUAUUGUUGUGGUGGAGAAGGUUUCCUGCCGUCGAAUGAAAAUCCUCGAUUGGUUUAAGGAGGCGCCCUUCUACCAGAUUGCUCUGCUCUAUCUGGCAACCAGGCUCUACGUCAAUCUGUACCAGGUCUAUAUUCCACUUUACGUUCAGGAGACGCUAAAACUGGGCGAGACGUUCAUCGCCACGGUUCCGUUCGCUAUGUUCCUUGCCGGGUUUCUCAGCUCCGUCAGCAUGAAACACAUUAAUAAACAGAUUGGAAGAAAGCGUUCUUUUGCAGCCGGCUGCAUCGUAGGUCUAGGAGGAUGUCUAUGGGUGUGGCUGGGAGAAGGAAGCAGCUACGGUCAAUGGGGCAUAUUCGCCGUGGCAGCUCUUUUGGGCAUCGCUGGAUCCACUUUGCUCAUCACAUCGCUGUCUUUCACAGCGGAUCUCAUCGGGGAUAAUGUGGAGGGAGCUGCGUUCGUCUACGGCUUCAUGAGUCUCACGGACAAGAUCUCCAAUGGCGUCAUCAUCAUGUUGAUUCAAGACUUCAAUCCUGAUGAAGGCUGGUACUACCGCUACGUGAUAGCCUUCGCUUGCGGCUCAGCCUGCGUUCUUGGGGUGCUCGUCACUCUGACGCUGACCAGAUUCAAAAUCGGCAACAGAAGAGUUUACACGCAAGAUGAAACAUCGCCAGAACUGAGGGACGAUUCUGCUCCUCUCGCCACAGACAGACUGUCUGGUUCCUCGUCUCCUUCUUCUUCGUAGCAGAAGGAAAACACCAAGACCAAAGUUCCCGUCGUCGCGCCUCUUCGGGGUCGGCCACUCAAACCUGAAAUCGCCACAGGCCGAUAGAAUAAAGAAUCUUUUGAACCUCAUGCAUGAAAUAUCAGAGCUGUUCAUAGCAAAAGCAUAUCUGUAUUAUGAUUAUCUUACAAAGUCAUUUAAAAAUUGCUCACCGUGAAUAAAACACGUGUGUGUGUGUGUGUAUGUGUGUGUAGAAGUACCACAGGGAACUUGCAACAGUGGGUUAAAAUACCGGAUCUUUCCUAGAUAGUGUCCCUAAGGGUUUUCGGUGAUCGUUAUCUAGGACUAAUAUUUCUUGCGCGUCAUUAUCUUUAUGAUAUUUACGGUCUUUUGUUUAUACUUUUACGGUCAUCCCCAACGGCCUUGUACUAAACAUGCCGCAACAGUGGAUGCAUACCGGGUUAAAAAUACCAAGUGUUUCUCUUUCUUUGUGGUAGAGCUGCAUAUAAGUGGUUGUACAUCUCUGUCAUUUUGUAGUAACGUUAAAGUGAUGGUAUUUAUUAAAUAAUCCAUUUUCAACAUGAGUCAAAAGAGCAGGUAAUUUACAAAAUCGUGUUUCAUACAGGCUUCCAUUUAUAGGUUUUUUAACACCCAAAUCACUCUACCUCUGCAUUAUUAUAUUUUCAUGUAACUGAAGGGGAAUUUUUGAUUUUAUAAUAAUUUCGUUCUCACGUGGAAAAAUUUCCCUUCGGUUAACAUAAAUGAAAAUAUAUUAAUGCCGAGAUAGAGCGAGUGUGCUAUUAAAGGACAUUUGUAGCUUAAUGCACGUACAUGAAUCACAGUGAUGUUAUAA